ACCCACACAGCUCACAUGGUUAGUGUCAGUGUGAGCUGUGGAUCAGGAAACAUGUCAGAGAAACUCAAAGGCAACAUUUUAGUGACGGGGGCCAACCGAGGCAUCGGGCUGGCGCUGGUCAAACAGCUGGGAGAGACCCCCGGAGUGGAGGGUCACAUCUACGCCUGCUGCCGGGACCCCCAAGGGCCGGGGGCUCAGGCCCUGAGAGACCUCUCCACUCAGUGUCCUGGGAAGAUCACUGUGGUCAAGCUAGAUGUAUCAGAUGUGGACAGCAUCUCCUCUGCGGUCCAGACAGUGAGCAGGAGCAUCGGGGCCGGGGGGCUGAACCUCCUCAUCAACAACGCUGCCAUCAACAGACCCGAGAUCCCCGCCCCCCUCUCUGCCUGCGGGAAGAAGGACAUGAUGGAGGCGUACGAAACAAAUGUGGUCGGGCCGUUUCUCCUCGUGAAGAUGCUGCUCCCGCUCCUCCAGAAGGCUGCAGAGAUGGACUCUACUGUGAAGGGUGAUAAGAUGUCCUGCAGCAGGUCGGCCGUCGUCAACAUCUCUACGCUCAUCUCGUCCAUAGAGAAAUGUCCAGAAACAUUCCCCAUCGCACAGAUGUACCCUUACAGGACCAGCAAGGCCGCGCUGAACAUGCUGACUCGCUGUCUAGCUGAGGAUUUCAGGAGACACAACAUCCUGGUGACGGCGGUCCACCCCGGAUGGGUGCGCACGGCGAUGGGGGGGGAAGAGGCUCCUCUGACCCCCCAGGACAGUGUGGGGGGGAUGCUCAGUAUCAUGACAACACUCAGCAACAAACACUCUGGGAUGCUCCUGGACUGGGAGGGCAACAAAAUCCCCUGGUAGCAGUCACCAUGACAACCACCGUAUAAAAGAUGGAGUCACAUCUGAAAUCAACCUGUAUCUUAUAGGCCUGUGUACUAUUACCUGUCAGAAAUAAAGUCAACUGAACUUAAUAAAACUGAAGAAUAAGCGUA